AUGGAAAGAGCCAGCCCUGCUUGCUGGAGCCAGCCCGGUGGGACGGCGUGGAACAGGACUUGGCAUCACCGGCUGCUGAGGCACGAGGACGAUGACUACAACUGCACCGACUGUGACGCCGGUCACUUGAGCAAAGUCCCUGUCACGCUGCUCAUCUGCCUCUGCGGGCUGGUGGGGAACGGGGCCGUCCUCUGGUUCCUCAGCUCCGGCGUCCGCAGGAACCCCAUCACCGCCUACGUCCUGAGCCUGGCUGUCACCAACUUCACCUUCCUCCUCUCCAUCGCCACCGCCCUUGUGAUAUUUUACGGCCCAGAGAGCCUUUGUCACAGGCUGGGCUCGCGGGACGUGACGACCGCGUUGAACAUCACCAUCCUCUUC